AUGGGUUCCCGUGGGGAGAAAGUGGGAUACUUGGCUGCCAAGUUGUAUGACAACUUGGUGGAGGGCGACCAGAACCGCAUCGCUUUGUCCGGAAUGCUGUCGCCCACGAAUUCCUUGCGGCAUAAAUCGACUCGUGCCUGCUUCAGUUGGGUGCAAAGGGACAUUUCGGGGGAACGCCUGUUUACACAGGCCAUGGUUCGUGACGCCAUCGCAAAGAUGGCACUCGACAAAACGCUUUUCCUGAUAGUUCCGACGACGCCGGGAUUCAGUGAGAAGGCAUGGCUCGAUGACCAAGCAAAGGCCAUUCAUGCUUUAUUGAAGAAGGUUGCUGAAGCCCUCGACGACCACCUGAAGUCACUGCCCAGCUCCAGCCAGCACCGACUGGUUGAAGAUGAGAUCGUCUUCGAAGAUU